CCCCCCCGCCCGCCGCCGCUGAGCCCGGCCCGCCGCCGCGGCCUCCCCCGGCGGUGCCGCCCGCCCCGGGCUGCCGCAGCGCCGCGAUGGAGACGGCGGAGAAGGAGUGCGGAGCCCUCGGCGGCCUCUUCCAAGCCAUCAUCAACGACAUGAAGAGCUCCUACCCGAUCUGGGAGGAUUUCAACUCCAAGGCCACCAAGCUGCACUCCCAGCUCAGGACCACGGUGCUGGCCGCAGUUGCCUUCCUGGACGCCUUCCAGAAAGUGGCCGACAUGGCCACCAACACCCGAGGUGCCACGAGGGACAUCGGCUCGGCGCUGACCCGCAUGUGCAUGCGGCACCGCAGCAUCGAGGCCAAGCUCCGGCAGUUCACCAAUGCCCUGAUGGAGAGCCUGAUAAACCCUUUGCAGGACAGGAUUGAGGACUGGAAGAAAACCGCCAACCAGCUGGACAAGGACCACGCGAAAGAGUACAAGCGAGCCCGGCACGAGAUCAAGAAGAAGUCCUCCGACACCCUCAAGCUCCAGAAGAAGGCUCGCAAAGGGAAGGGGGACCUGCAGCCCCAGCUGGACAACGCGCUGCAGGACGUGAAUGACAUGUACCUGCUGCUGGAGGAGACGGAGAAGCAGGCGGUGCGCAGGGCCCUCAUCGAGGAGCGGGGCCGCUUCUGCACCUUCAUCACCUUCCUGCAGCCCGUGGUGAAUGGGGAGCUGACCAUGCUGGGAGAGAUCACCCACCUGCAGGGCAUCAUCGAGGACCUGGUAGUGCUCACCGCAGAGCCUCACAAGCUGCCCCCUGCCAGCGAGCAGGUGAUCAAGGACCUGAAGGGCUCUGACUACAGCUGGUCCUACCAGACCCCUCCGUCCUCGCCCAGCAGCUCCAGCUCCCGCAAGUCCAGCAUGUGCAGCAGCGUCAGCAGUGCCAAGGGCGGCGUGGCGUGGCCCGGCGGGGCUCAGAGCUGCUCGCCCAGCUCCAGCUACCGCUACCGCAGCCUGGCGCAGCCGCCCGCCGCCGCUCGCCUCUCCAGCGUCUCCUCACACGACUCCGGGUUCAUCUCGCAGGACGCUGCCUACUCCAAACCGCCCUCCCCCAUGCCCUCCGACAUCACCAGCCAGAAAUCCUCCAGCUCGGCAUCCUCGGAGGCCUCUGAAACCUGCCAGUCGGUCAGCGAGUGCAGCUCGCCCACCUCGGACUGGUCCAAGGCCAGCCCCUACGACCAGCCGGUGGUGCCCACCCUGCAGCGGCGCAAGGACCGCGUGGAGCACCUGCGGGAGGCCGAGGCGGGCGCGCUGGCCGGCGGGUACCCGGGCACCGGCGCUGAGGAGGGGCCCAGGCCCCGCAUGUCACCCGCCACCAUCGCCGCCAAGCACGGGGAGGAGGUGUCACCCGCCGCCAGCGACCUGGCCAUGGUCUUGACCCGGGGGCUGAGCCUGGAGCACCAGAAGAGCAGCCGGGACUCGCUGCAGUACUCCAGCGGCUACAGCACGCAGACCACCACCCCCUCCUGCUCCGAGGACACCAUCCCCUCCCAAGGCUCUGACUACGACUGCUACUCGGUGAACGGCGACGUGGAGUGCGACCCGCAGAGCGACUUCGACAAGUCCUCCACCAUCCCGCGCAACAGCAACAUCGCCCAGAACUACCGGCGGAUGAUCCAGACCAAGCGGCCGGCCUCCACGGCCGGGCUGCCCACCGGCACCAACCUCCCGGCCGGCACCACGCCGGGGGUGGCCACCAUCCGCCGCACGCCCUCCACCAAGCCCUCGGUCCGCCGGACCCUCUCCAACGCCGGCCCCAUCCCCAUCCGACCCCCCAUCGUCCCCGUGAAGACCCCCACGGUGCCCGACUCCCCCGGCUACGCCGGCCCCACGCGCGUGGGCAGCGAAGAGUGCGUCUUCUACGCCGAUGCCGACGCCUCGCCCAGCCCCCUGGAUUUUGCCAAAGCUUCGCCCAAGCGGCUGAGCCUCCCCAACACGGCCUGGGCCGGCGGCGCCGCCGAGAUCUCCGUCUACCCCGGAGCCGCCCAGCACCUCUCCGCCGAGGAAGAGGAGGACCAGCAGUUGGCCGCCAACCGGCACAGCUUGGUGGAGAAGAUCGGCGAGCUGGUGGCCGGCGCCCACGCGCUGGGCGAAGGCCAGUUCCCCUUCCCCACCGCCCUGGCGGGCUCGGGCCCCGGCGAGGAGACCCCCGCGCCCCCGCCCGCGGCCUCCAUGGACCCCCCGGCCGAAGACAUGCUGGUGGCCAUCCGGCGCGGGGUGCGCCUGCGCAGGACCGUCACCAACGACAGGUCGGCCCCGCGGAUAUCGUGAUGACGCCCGGGCCGGCGGGGACGGGCCCGGCACGGCCCACGGGCCCCCACGCACCCGCCGAGACCCCCGGAGCCCCCCACCCACCGGCACCCGCUGCCCCGGCCCCCCUCGCUGCCCCCCGCUUCCCGCUCCUCUCUCCUUCCCCCCCUCCCGGCCCUUUUUUCCUCUCCCUCCGUGUGUCCUUCCUCCACUUGUUCUCUCUUGGCUCUUUGUCUCCUCUUUUACUCAUUUUCUCCUGUUAAUUUCCUUUCUCCUAUUUCUCUUUUCUUCCUUUUUCUCUGGUUUUCUCCUUUUCUUGGAUUCAUCUUUUACUCUCAAGUGUCUUUUCCUUCUCUUUUGUUUCAUCUUCUUUUCAUCUUUUUAUCUUUUUUCUUCUUUUUCCUCUUAUUCUUUCCUCUUUUUUUCUGUCUCUCUUUUACUUUUCUUUUUUCUCCCCUUCUUUUCCUCUUCCUCUAUUUUCAUCUCCUUUCAUCUCUUCUCUUUUUCUCCUCUCCUUUUCCCCCCUCUCUUCUCCUGUCUCUUUCCCUUUUGCCCCUCUCUCCCCGUGGGCAGAGGUGGGUGCCUCCCGGCCCCUGGGAGGGGGGGCAGGUGGUGCCAACGGGGGCUGCCGCAGGAGCUGCAUCAGGAGCCGCCUGCCUGGGGCCAGCACAGCUCAGCCCCAUUUCAGGGGUCAGAGGCAGCGGGGAGGGGGCUGCAGGGGUGGGGGGCAGCGUCAGAGGGGCAGCAAUGUAGCCCCCUCCAGGUUGGGAGGGCCACUGGAAGGAGGCUGAGGCUCCUGAACCUCCUCUUUGCCCCCUCAGGAAUCACUGGGGACCCCCCCCAGCUCACCCAAACCCCCUCCCUCUCCCUCAGCACCCUGUGCAGGGUCCUGCUGGGGGUGUCGGGGGGACGGGGGGGGGUUCACCCAACCCCCCCCAAAGCAAAGCAGCUGAUUUCUGCCGGCGCCUGGAGGAAAGCACAACCCCCGCCCCCCCCCCGCUGUACAUAGCCCCCCCCCGCUGUCUGUCGCAUCGCAGCCCCCCCUUAGGAAUAACCAUUUAGUUUCCCCCAACUCCUUCUCCUGCCCAGAACCGCUGAUGCCAAGUGACAAAAUGUUUGGGGGGUGGGAGGGGUGGGGGGAGUUGGUCUCUUAUUUUGUACAGAAAACAAAAAUUCCUUGGAAAAGAGAAAACAAACCGACCUGUCUUUCGACUGAAGUAACUUUUCUGGUGCUGUUGUUAACUUGGUCCUUUGGGUUUUUUCUUUCUCUUUUGUUUUGUUAAUUUAUUUCCCCGUGCCCGCCUCUGCCGCCGCUCCCCUCCCCGCCCCCUCCCGCCCCUUUUCUUGCUCUUUUCUUUCUUUCUCUCUUUUAAUUUUUAUUUUAUUAAUUUUUUGGUGGUAAUUCCCCCUUUCCCCCCCCCGCCCCCCGGUUUCCAUAGUCACUGCUACAAGUAACGAAUGCACUGUGAAGAUUCCAGUAUUAAUAAAGGUUGUACUGUAAUGAA